AUGCCACCCAAGAAACUCCCACCUCAAACGUCGCGGACAGCUAAGCCGCAGCAGACACGACCGUCACAGCAAAAGCAACAAUCUCAAAGCACUCCAAACCCCGCAGCCACCAAUGCAUCUUCCACGCAUACCAGCGGGCCAGAGCCAGGGCCAGCCAUUCCCGAUCACGACGUGAAACAAAGCUCGUCCGUAAGCGCCCAGCUCGCCCUCGAAGCGGCAAAGAAAGCCUACGAGCUCCGUCAAGCCGCCUAUGGCGCUGCCGACCCUAACGCCCGCGAAGAAAUCCUGGCCAAGGCCGUCAACAAAGAGAUCGAGGCCGAGUCGUUCGGCAAGGCCGCCAAAUAUACUCGUUCAGGUGCGUUUCAGGGUCUCGCCGCUGGUGCUGGACUCGGCGUGCAGCCCGGUGUGACUUUGGGAAAAUUGACUGGUGCUUUGGUCGGCGGCGUGGUGUCUUCAGCCGGUGCGUUGCUGGGCGGUGGUGUUGGCUCAGCAUAUGGGGCCAUCAGUGGUCCGUUCUGGGAUCUGGGCCAGAUGGCAAGCCACGGCGUCCGGAGUAUCGUGGGCGAUUUUCCAAACUGGGAAGCUACAUCGAGUCAGAAGAAGGCGCUGGAGAAGAUGGUGAUGGAGGCGCAGAAGACCAAGGCCCCGACAGAGGAGGAACUGGAGGACAUGCGGAAAGAUGAUGGAGGCCGCAGCCAGGCAGACUUCCAGCAAUGGUCCAAGGACCUGACCAGCUACCUCCCGCGUAUGCCAUCCAUGCCAUCCAUGCCUUCACUGUCGUCGCUGCCGUCAAUGCCGUCAAUUCCAGGACUGGGAGGGCUUUCUAAAGGGCAAACUGCCACGACCCAGGCCGAAAACAAGGCACGGCCAGCGACAGCAUCGAAUCAAACUCGGCAACAGAAACCAUCAACAAACCCUGACAAGCCUCCCAAGCCUCAAGCUGCUCCCCCAAAGCCACCCAGUGGGAUGCCUCAUUCGCAACCCCAACAAAAGACCGACGGAAAUGCGCCAAGACAGGCACCCAAGAAACUGGAGGUCAGGCCUAAAGAGACGACUUCACCUUCACAGUCUACCCAGUCCACCAUUCGAAGAAAGCCGCCCAAACUGGAGACGCGUUCCAAAUCCACGACAGCGAACGCGAAGGCAUAA